AUGGCUACCACUCUCUUGCCAGGUCUACGAAACGGCGUCCUUGCCAAAGCUUCAUCUUCGACCCUCCGACCAGCAUUCGCGAUCGCUCGACCGAUCUCGAACACUGCUAUCGCUCUCCGACCUAAUACCCCCACAUCAUCCAUCAACACCGCCGACUCAUCCCCUUCCACCACCACACCUGCUACCGCCAUAGCGCAGAGGGGAAGCAAUCAGUUGAGUUUGGAAACUCCAAGGAAUGGUGCCGAAUAUGUGCUUUCGACACUCGACAAAGUAGUUAACUGGGCUAGACAGGGAUCGAUGUGGCCAAUGACUUUCGGUCUUGCAUGUUGUGCCGUAGAAAUGAUGCACAUGGCUGCUGCUCGAUAUGAUCAAGAUCGUUUAGGUGUGGUGUUCCGAGCUUCACCUCGUCAAAGUGAUAUCAUGAUUGUCGCCGGUACACUGACCAACAAGAUGGCCCCAGCGUUGAGAAAGGUAUACGACCAAAUGCCUGAACCUCGAUGGGUUAUCUCGAUGGGUUCAUGUGCCAACGGUGGUGGUUAUUACCACUACUCUUACUCUGUUGUCCGAGGGUGUGAUCGAAUUGUACCAGUAGAUAUCUACGUGCCAGGGUGCCCUCCUACUGCCGAGGCUCUCCUUUACGGAAUGCUUCAGUUACAACGAAAGAUGAGAAGGAACAGACAAGGUGUACGAUGGUACCGAAAGUAG